GGCGACCAGCCUUCGGCCGGUCUCCGAGCGCGAGUCUCAGGAUGGGGCAAUACACCAGACGAGUUCCCACGUUCUCUGCUUCCUACCCGCGUCGGGAAGAGCCCACGCUUGCGCCUGUCAACGUCAAGGCCUCAGGAAUGGGACGAAAGGAGAAGGGUGAGGGUAGGGGAGGGGGGUAAGGAGGCGAAGAGAGAAAACAAGAGCGAGACUGGGAGAAUGAGAGUGAUGAGAGUGUGUGAGAGCGUGAGAGCCGGCUCACCUCGCCCGUCUCGCCGCGGCACCGCUUCUGGCUGUCGUAUGCGCGCUUUGGUGCUUUUGUUCUUGGCGUCUGUAUCACCUCGUCGAGUCUGUGACCCCCUUUGGGCCGAGAAGAGAUGGGACUAUCCUGGGAAACAGACGAAUGGGACAGCGCUGACCCCCGGGAGAAAACAGGGCCCAUAUGCGAAAUCGUUGCUCAAAGCGUCCAGAGUUCAGCGAGCAAACCGCAACCUUUCAACUCUCGCCAGGCUUCCCGCUCUCCACUCCGUCGACACUGUUCGACUAGGAAGUCUGCAGUCCGCUGCCAUUGUCAGAAUUGCUUACUAUGGAAUCUCCUAA